GCGCACCUGCCGGAGCCCGGGCGGGACCCCCCUUCCCGGGCCGGCGUCGAUGCUGAGCGGGCCGGGGGCACUGCCCACUUCGCCCGCACCAUGGACGGCUUCUACGACCAGCAGGUUCCCUUCAUGGGCCCCAGGAAGUCCUGCACAGAGGAGGGCCGAGGACGGCCGGGGUCCGAUAGGAAAAGGAAAUUUUUGGAGACUGACCUGGCUCAUGACUCGGAAGAGCUCUUCCAGGAUCUCAGCCAGCUCCAAGAGGCCUGGCUAGCUGAAGCUCAGGUCCCCGAUGAUGAACAGUUUGUCCCAGAUUUCCAGUCUGACAACUUGGUUCUGCACGCCCCACCUCCGGCAAAGAUCAAGCGGGAGCUGCCCAGCCCGUCCUCGGAGCUGUCAUCCUGCAGCCACGAGCAGGCUCUCUGUGCCAGCUAUGGGGACAAGUGCCUCUACAAUUGCUGUGCCUACGACAGGAAACCCCCCGCCGGGUUCAAGCCCGGAGCGGCCCUGCCACUGCCGGCCCCGGCCGUGCCAGCUGCCCAUGGGGCUGCCCCGGGCCCCCACACGCUGCAGGAGCAGCGGCAGCAGCCGCCCUUCGCCGUGCCACGGCCGCCGCAGCCGCCCGUUCACAUGCCAAAGAUGAUGUCUGAGAACCAGUACCCCGCAGAGCACAGGUUUCAGAGGCAGCUGUCCGAGCCCUGCCACCCCUUCCCACCGCAGGCCGGGGUUCCGGGGGACAGCCGCCCCAUCUACCACCGGCAGCUGUCGGAGCCCCUGGGCCCUGCUGCCCCCCGCCCCCCUCAGGGAUUCAAGCAGGAGUACCAUGACCCUCUCUAUGAGCAUGGCGGCCCUGGCCUGCCCGGUCCCCCCGGCCACAGCUUCCAGCCCCCCAUGGGCAUCAAACAGGAGCCCCGGGACUACUGCAUUGACUCAGAAGUGCCUAACUGCCAGUCCUCGUACCUACGGGGGAACGUCUUCCCCAACAGCCAUGACGGAUUUUCAUAUGAAAAGGACACAAGAUUGUAUUUUGAUGACACAUGCGUGGUACCCGAGAGGCUGGAGGGUAAAGUGAAGCAGGAGCCCACCCUGUACCGUGAGGGCCCUCCCUACCAACGGCGCGGGUCCCUGCAGCUCUGGCAGUUCCUGGUCACCCUCCUGGAUGACCCUGCCAACGCCCACUUCAUCGCCUGGACCGGCCGGGGCAUGGAGUUCAAGCUGAUCGAGCCUGAAGAGGUAGCACGGCGCUGGGGCAUCCAGAAGAACCGACCAGCCAUGAACUAUGACAAGCUCAGCCGCUCCCUGCGCUACUACUAUGAGAAGGGCAUCAUGCAGAAGGUCGCCGGCGAGCGGUACGUCUAUAAAUUCGUCUGUGAUCCCGACGCCCUCUUUUCCAUGGCCUAUCCAGACAACCAGCGCCCCUUCCUGAAGACGGAGCCGGACUGUCCAGUGCCGGAGGAGGAGACAGUGCCACUGACACACUUUGAGGACAGCCCAGCGUUCCUCCUGGAGAUGGAUCCCUGCAGCAGCCUUCCCUACGCGGAAGGCUUUGCCUACUGACUCGGCCGGCUGGCAGAGCCAUUGGCACUAGCGCAUCCACCUGGGGCAAGCACGGUUUUCUAAAGAAUAUUUUUGGCUGUCCGUGAGGAGGAGGAAAAAAAAAAAAAAAAAAACCAAACCAAAACCCAACGACAAACAGCAUGGGUGCACACACAAAUUUGAGGAAUUUAAAACGCCCCACGUGUGUUGCUGCCGAAUUCCCACCCUUCCUUUCCAAGGGCUAGUGCACAGGACUGCCCGUGGCUGGCACCUCCUGCCAUGCAUCGGUGUGAGGUCUUGGGGCGCCGGGAGCCUAAAGUUGCAGUCUCUUCCCCAGGCCCCAGCUCUGGCAGUGCCCCAGGGCUGGGCUGCGUGGCUACCGAGCCAAUUGUCACGACAAUCUGCUUUGCAUCGAGCACAAUCCGCGUAGCUGCCUUGUGUGGUGGAAAGGGCUUUGAUUUGCACAGAGAGGAGGAAUGCGGGGGGGCCGCCUGGGCCAGCACCCCGGGGCUGAUGUGCGCAGCAUCCUACCCCAACCCUGAGGAGUCUUCUGCCUUCUUCCUGAGCCCCCUCCCCAUAUAAGCUGUUGUUCCCAUAGAACCCUCCUGCAUCCUCUCCGUGCCCUCAAUCCUCCCCAGCUCUGGCUACGGGCCAUGGGUUGCAUUUUGGGGGAGGAGACCCUGACACUAACUCCCUCUUUGGGUUUGUUUUUUUUGGUUUUGUUUUUUUUUUUUUUUGGGAUGUUUUAGGAAAAUA